GGGGCGGGCCUCCCGGCGGGCCGCAGUCUCUGCUGGGUGUCCUCGGCGGCGUCUCGGGAAUGUGGAUCGCAGUCUGAGCUGGCCGUAGGGGUGCUGGAUCUCGCGGACGCGUCCGUGAGCCCGUCAGGAGCCAGCUGAGUGACCCAGAGUUAAGCUUGGAAUGUGCGCAUAAUGAUGGACAAGGACUUAGAAGCUGAAAUUCACCCUUUGAAGCAUGAAGGCAGAAAGUCACAGGAAAAUCUGGGAAACACGUUGAAAAGUGAAGAUAACUUAAAAAUCAAGCCUCCACCAUCCCGGCUCUCCCGAUGCCGAACAGUGGCAUUUUUUCUUUCAUUGUUUAUCUGCCUUUUUGUGGUGUUUAUUGUUUCCUUCAUCAUCCCAUGCCCAGACCAAUCACUGUCACAGAGAAUGUGGAGGAUCCACUACAAUGCCUCAGUCACCUAUGACUUUCUGGCUGUGGAAGACAUAAACAAGGACCGGAUCCAAGAUGUUCUUUUUCUUUAUAAAAAUACCGACAGCAGUGACAAUGUCACCAGGUCCUGUACUGAUGAAGGUUUUUCCAUACCCUGCACCUUUGUGGCUGCUGUGUCAGGAGCCAACGGCAGUGUGCUCUGGGAGAAGCCUGUGGCCCAAGAUGUGGCCCUUGUGGAGUGUGCCGUACGUCAGCCAUCGGACAGCAAGGCGUCCUCUGCUUGCAUCCUCGUGGGAAGACUAGGUUCUUUCAUCGCAGUGGACUUGUUCACAGGGGAAACCUUGUGGAGCUGCCCCAGCACCAUUGGUGGGAAUGCCUCCAUCCUGAGCCCUUUGCUCCAAGUGCCUGACAUUGAUGGUGACAGCACCCCAGAUCUGCUGAUUCUCACUCGGGAGGGACAGGAGGUCAUUGGGGCCAUCUAUUCAGGCAGCACUGGACACCAGGUUGGCCAUAGAAGCAGCCUUGAUGUGGAUGGAGACGGUGGUGCCCUCCUCCAUGUUACCAGGACGGGUGCACACUACAUCCUCCUGCCCUGUGCAAGUUCCCUCUGUGGCUGCUCUAUGAAGGGUCUGUAUGAGAAGGUAACUGGGAAAGAUGGCCCAUUUAAGAAUGACCCCCUCUGGGAGAACAUACUCAACUCCACCACCCGUGGGAGGCUUCUGCACAGCUCUGGAGCAGUCCAUUACCUGAUGCAUGUCCCAGGAAAGGCUGGCCAAGACAUACUCCUCGUGAGCUCAGAGUCCUGUGUGUUGCUAGAUGGGCAGGAUCUGAUGCCCAGGUGGACCCUUGGGACAACCCAAGUCCUGAGAAAACCCAGCCUGGGGCGCUACAAACCAGACACAUUGGCUGUGGUAAUUGAAAAUGGAACCAGCAUUGAUAGACAGAUCCUGCUUCUGGACCUCAGCACUGGUGCUGUGCUUUGGAGCCAGCUCCUCCCAAGCCUCCUUGGGGGGCCACCAUCUACCAGCCUGCCUACAGCAGACCACCGCUCAGCCUUCUUCUUCUGGGGCCUUCAUGAGAUGGCCAACACCAGCGAGAUGGAACCUCAAGACACACAACAGAGUCUAUACAUGUUCCACCCCACCUUGCCUGGCAUCCUGUUAGAGCUGGCCAAUGUGUCUGCCAACAUUGUUGCCUUUGAUGCAAUCCUGUUUGAGCCGAGCCGCCACGCUGCCUAUGUGCUUCUGACGGGCCCCACAAGCUCAGACAUGCCUGGCCUGGUCUCUGUGACCAAACACAAAGUGCGGGACCUGGUCUCAGGCAGCAGAGUGGUUCACCUGGGUGAGGGCAGCCCAGACAGCGACCAGGCUAUCAGGGACCGGUUCUCUCGGCUUCGGUACCGGAGUGAGGCAUAGAUGGCAUCAGCUGGUGCACAUGGAAAAGACUCCAGCUGUGAAAACUGAGCUUCAUGGGAAGUCAGUCUGCCCUUGGUCUCCAUGAGGACCCCACCCUAAUGCUGGGGCCACCUCAUCUAGGACUUAGGGCUUUACUAGUUAUACCCAGGGACAUAAGGAGGCACCCUUGGCCUCUUGCCCAGCAUAAUAACGUCUCCUCCCUGAACCUUCACAAGGUCUCAACGUAUGGCCCAUGGGCUCUAGUCAUGGUCAGCAGGCCUCCCUGUGGUCUCCUUGGGCCAGCUAUGCAGAGCUCAACCUUGCCUGAGGAUCCCUCAUUCAGUGCCUACUCACCACCAGCUCCCCCAACUGGAGAAGCCAGUCCUGUGGGACGUGCUCUUCCCCAGGUCCCCUCUGUGAUUGAUGUUCCACCACCUCCUGCCUGGCUCUGCCCUUUUCUAAACUGUCCACUAGGAGUCAUGGAGUUCAGACCCUGGGGCAGCUUCAGAACUACACCUGGGACAUGAGGCUCUGCAACCCUCUCUCCGCAGCUUUCCCAGAACAGAGCAUGCCUCUCAGAGGGUGAGCUGCAAGGGCUCCAACAAGUGGGCGGGAUCUUGUACUGGAACUCCCAGGUGCACUUGGGGGAUCACACAAGAUUCAGUCUAUGCUUUUCAGCACAAGACCUAUUCCAUAGAUCACUAGACAUGGCAGGCACCUCUCCUCUCCCACUCUCUGGUGCUCACCUGAUACAGGUCUCACCUUGUGCCUUGUUGCCCCUGAGGCCCAAGGUCAGUGGAGCAGCCCCACAUAGACCGGAGCCCCAACUCUUAGCCAAAGCAGCCCCACAACUCCAGCCAUCAUGGAAAAACAACAGAAUAAAUGAUUUGCACUGACAGGAAAA